UGUGUGAAAGUACUGUUGAAGGACUCGCGUGCGCUCAGUCAUUUCAGUACAUUUAUGGAGACGUAACUGAGACAUAAACAAGACAAGCGGGUGGAUAUAGCAUGAUAAUUGCACCCUCAGUGAAGGCUUGUGGUUCGUGUAGAUGGCUGCUUCAUGUUUUCUGCAGUGGAUGGGAGGUCUUCAGUGAGGUCUCUAAUUUAGUUGAAAUCUCCUCCCACAGAUGAGGGAAGAUAAUGGCCAUGGAUCAAGGCGUAGUGGAGGAAUGGCUGUCUGAGUUUAAGACUCUUCCAGAGACGGCCGUCUCCAGCUAUGCCGUGUCUCUAAAGGAGAAGGUCUCUCUUGUUCCUGCACUCUACAAAGUUAUUCGGGAGAAUUACAGUGAUCUUUUGGAGCCAGUGUGUCAUCAGUUGUUUGAGUUUUACCGCAGCGGUGAACCGCGUCUCCAACGUUUUACGCUACAGUUUCUCCCUGAGCUGGUGUGGAGUUAUUUGUCCGUCACGGCGGCACGAGACCCUCACUGCAGUGGCUGCAUAGAAGCUCUUCUGCUCAGCAUCUAUAACCUGGAAAUCGUUGAUAAAGAUGGGCAGAGUAAAGUGUUGUCCUUCACCAUCCCUUCCUUAUCUAAGCCAUCAGUGUAUCAUGAGCCCUCUUCCAUUGGCUCUCUGGCCUUGACAGAAGGAGCUUUAGCCAAUCACGGCUUGAGUCGAGUUGUUUACAGCGGGCCACACCUCCAGAGAGAGACCUUUACAGCACAGAACAGGUUCGAGGUUCUGACGUUUUUGCUGCUCUGUUAUAAUGCUGCUCUGAGUUAUAUGUCCAGCUCAUCGCUGCAGUCUCUGUGUCAGCUCAGCUCAAGGGUCAGUAUCUGUGGGUAUCCACGGCAACAGUUACGGCGGUAUAAAGGCAUCAGCACACGGUUGAUGAUCACUUCGGAGUUCCUGGUGCAGUUGAUCACGGGGAUUCAUUUCGCACUGUGUAAUGGUGAAGCAGACUUGGGCUCUAAGGCUCUGGAUGACGUGCUGUACCGCGCGCAGCUGGAACUCUUCCCAGAGGCACUGUUGGUGGGAAACGCCAUCAAAUCAUCUCUUCACGGUGCCUCUCUGAAGACUAAUAAAGAAGGAUCUCGAUCCAUCCGGGUGGAGAUCACGCCCACGGCCUCGCGGAUUUCGCGGAACGCUGUGACCAGCCUGUCAAUCCGAGGACAUCGCUGGAAACGCCACGACGCUGUGGAUUUGGGUUCCCCGGACGAGCUGACUGAAAUCGCGGAGGUGGACGAGGGUAUCUGUACUCAAGCAUCGGGCGGUCGGGCAAGCCCACCGAUUAUAGUCGUCAGCAACAGCGCCGUUAACGCAGCGCCCUCUUGUGGCGGCACGGGGAAGCUGGCAGGAAAAGGUCUUCGUCGUUUGACGGGACGAUCGAGCAAAGAAAAGGAAAAAGAGAAAGAUAAAGACAAGGAAAAAGAGAAAGACGCCGCCACCGGCAUGGAUCAACUUUCUCGUAAGCAGGCGGCCGUUCGUGCAAUGAGUGAGAACCUCGAGCUCCUGUCACUCAAACGGCUGACGCUGACGGCCAGCCAAUCAGUUCCUAAGAGCGGUUCGCUCAGCUUGUCGCGUACCGCCAGCGCAGUUUUCUCGCGCUCUUUCGAGCAAGUCAGUAAUGCGCUCGCAGUCGCAACAGGCAACCAGCCGCCCAGCCGCGCACCGAGUCCAACCUCGAACCACCUCGUUCCCGAAGGUGGACUCCAAGAACAGGAUGCGGCCUAUUCAGAGCACUUGAGCCCCACCCAUCAACUUCGGCAGCGGUCGCCCACCAUCAGUAUCCAUGUGACCUCUGACCUGUGACCACUAAUUUCCACCCUUGGAAGGACUGGUCGCAUUGUUUACAAUGUGCAAAGACAGACCUGGCACUGCUGCCCCCUUGUGGCAAAAAACUUCCUACGGUUUUGUCAGUUGUGUAUAAUUACCAAAGUUAUGUAUUUUUGAAGUAAAUGUUUUUUUAAAAUUUUCCCCAAAUUAUUCUUUAAGGUGUUCAUGAAGUCUCUGUCGGUGCUUAAGUUUACACAUGAAGUCUGAAUAUGAGCGGUAUUGUAUAUUUUUAAUGCUUUAUCUAUGUGCGUGUUUGGGAGAAGAUUUACAGACGAUAAACUAAGUCCUUUCAGAUAUACUAAAUGUGGUAUUAUGAAUUGUGUGUGUGUUUUUUUUUUUUUUUUUCCUGUGUGCGAGUGUGUUUGCAACUCAAACGUGUUCUGAAAGUGAACUGAAGCCAUCUCUUCACACACUGUUUCUAUGGUAAGUUGGAUCAAUCUCAAAACCCAAACGGAAAAUCUGGUGCAAUUGGAUACCAAACAGAAGUAGUCAUCUUUGUUUACAUUGUUAUUCAUACGGUAUUUGAAAGCAAUAUCGUUACUGUUUUUAUUGCAGUAUGUGAGCUUCCAUAAGGCCAUAAUAGAUUAGAUAUUUUUCACACAUGAGACCAUUGGUCAAGUAUUUGUAUGCUUGAUUAACCAGGUAUUAUGUGAGUUAACCAGCUGCUGGGGUGUCAUACUGAUGUCAUGCAUUGAAAGCAAAGCACAAAUGAUAGAGACCCAUUAAACAGUGUGAUUAUAAGCCACAAAUCAUUCCUUAAUAUGUAUAAAAAAAAAAAUAAAUAAAAAGAAAUCAUCGUUUAAUUAUGGCACACAAAAAAAAAAAAAAAAUUGGAUUGGUACAGCACUGUGGGAAUUAUGCCGAUGUUUGUCUUAUGUGUUUGUUUUUAAGGACAAUUAGUUUUCUUGUUAAAAAAUAAAAUAUUUUUUCUGGUCUAAUGGUUUGUGCUUUUUAGUUUUGAAGUGGAACAACAAUAACAGUGGAUGUGCCUGUAUUCAGAUUAUUUUCAGAAUGUGAACAUUUUGAGAAUUGUAAAUAUUAUUGUACUAAAGUCAUUUUUUGCCUUUCAACAAAAAUAACAUGGUUGCAGUCUGAGAAAAUAAAGAUUUCUAUUUCAA